UCCGAGUUGAACGCAGUUUCACCUGGUGAAGAGUUUAUCUGUCACUUAGGCGUCGAGCAAGGCAUCAAAGUUAUCUACCGGCCUAUGUUCAAGUACCGCGACGGGCAUAGCACGAGCAGCAAAUAUGCCUCGCUUACAUUCAAGCAGACUAUCGAGAUGAAGAAUACUUUUGAUCGAGCGGUCCGUAUCAUGGUUGUCGAUCAGGUCCCAGUCAGUGGCGAGGAGAAGAUCAAGGUAAGUUCCUGA